AUUGUUGAACCAAAAACCGAAGGCAGCGAGCAACCCUAUCCCCCUCUCUCUGCAUACACACAGACCGAGAUGGAAUCAAGAGAAACCUCUCUUGUGCUGCGUCGUCUCCGUCCAUUGGCCGGAUCGUUCAGAUAUUACCCAUACACUAGGACUUUCUCUGGGAAAGAGGAUAUAAAAGCGGAGGUUAUGCGGCUAGGAGCUCAACUCUCCGUACAUGUGGCUCAUUCAAUGCUCUUGUUGUGUGAUGACAUUCCUACUAUGUCAUGGUUCUGCUAUAUUUUAUGGAAAGGUAUAACAAGGAACCGGAAUCACGUUUUGGAAACGCUGCUUCGUGUUAUGCAUUUUGUCUACUCAAAAUAUAUCAAACCCAAAACGACUACGACGACGACGAAUCAGGAUUGUGAUAACUCUGUCCAAUGGGAAUUAAUCAGGAACACUUGGAAGCAUUUCGCUGAUGGAGUCAAAAUCUUGAAUCGAUUUGAUUUUUUUCUUAGAAGAAACAUUGCUUAUUUUGAUGAUCGUCAACUAUCAUCGGCUAUUGAUAAAUACAAGCCACAAGUGCUGGAGAAGCUAGAUGAUAAAUUGAGGUGCGUUUCAGAGGUGGAUUGGUUUGCCAAGGAGACUAUAGAGUCAAAUAUUUCUGCCUUGUGGAAGUCUCUUUUUGACGAUGGUGAAACUAUAUCCAAAGCGGUGGAGAGUAGGUUUCUUAGAGACUUGUUUAUGCCUAUUUUUGGCAAACCUUUGCCUAGUGAUAUACUGGCACUGCCCAUAACAUCUUCUCCUUACAUUCUAGGGAAGAAUUUUGAAACGGAGGAAGCGAAAGAGGAGAUUGUGCGACUAGGAGUUGAGCUCUCCUUAUACGUGGCUCAAUCCAUGUUCUCCUUGUGUGAUGACAUUCGUACUAUGUUAUGGUUUUGUUAUAGGUUAUGGCGAUAUGCCAAAGUGGGCAUCAUUAAUGAAGGGCAUGUGAUGGAUAGGCUGCUUCUAGUUAUGCAUUAUGUCUACACAAAAUAUAUCAAACCGAAGAAUGGGGAAUAUCAGAUUGAUGGAAACAAUUCGGCCCAGUGGGGAGUGAUGUGGGAGAAUGACAAGAAUAUUGGUUUUGAAUUUUGUAUGUUGAAUUGUAAUGUCUACAUAAUCAAAGCAGGAGGACCAUGUGGCCGAGAGGCUACGUCUCCCCUUGAAGAAGCGGUGAAAAAGCUAGUAGAGACGUUGGAGUGUGUGAGAAGUGUUUCAGAGGCGUAUGGGUUUGCAAGGGAUGCAAUGGAGCCUGACAUUCUGGACAUGUGGAAGUCUCUCUUUGACACAGAAGCUAAAGAAGCAAGCCAGACACUGAGAGACAUGAAACAGGGAAUUAUUCGCGACUUGUUUCUCCCUCUAUUUAACGAAGCACCACCACCUUAGGGACUAGUUUCACUUGUUGAAUUUCCGAUAAUUCUAGUUAUAUUAUUUUCAUUAAUAUUCUUAUGUGGUCGGUCUUUUAGAAAUUGGAU